UGUGGCGGUUCAUAUCAUAGUCUAAACGGCCUUCUGGUGAGUCCUGGCUACCCUCGGAGCUAUCCGCCAAAUUCGUUCUGCUACUGGCAUCUAAGCCUGCCUUCCGGUUAUCGGCCUCAUCUGCGCCUGGUAGCACCCUUCUCUAUAGAGGAGACGCCCGGUUGCCUAUUGGACUUCUUGGACAUCUUCGAUACAGACACGAGCCUGCGACUAGACCGCAUCUGUGGUAGUCAUGAUUCAGGAGAGAGAGUUUUUACAGCCUCGCUGAACAGCAUGACCUUGGUGUUUGUGAGUGAUGUUCAUAUUGGAGGAGAUGGAUUUCAGGCGAUUUGGGAUGCAGGUUUGUCGGACAAAUGGACAGUAAAUUAG